UCAAGGUUUAGCGCUAAUUUCAUCCACUCACUAGGCUAGAUCACAUUUGGCAUUUUGAUUGAUGUCAGUUCGUGAUGGAAAGCCAAAAUCUAGUUCUUAACCCUAACGACCAACUGUUAACCGUGAUCUUUAUACCUGACACCAAUUUCUAACCCUCAUUUAAUCCUUAUAGGUAGGUGGAUAGUGUGAAGGUCGUUCUAGCGCUGCUUUAAGGUCACUUGUAAGUUAGCUUUAACCAUGCUUGUUAUAUAUGAUUGUCAUCGAUGGCUUUCUUCAAUAAAUGCAAGCGAGUUCUAUGCACUCGCUGAGUAUUUGGCUCACUUUUACCCUCGUUCGUUUAUCAUAUUCUGCUCCUAGGAGCAGAAUGUAAGAGCAGACAUGUAAGCUUACAUGUCUCAGCACAUAAGGCAACUUCAGGCAAGAUGUAAACUUACCUAAGGCCGGACGUUGUAUUUCUCCGUAGGCAAAUCUACUUGUAACAAGAUGUCUUGUGGGUCAUUGACAUGUCUGUACAACUUUAUACGAUUGUAGCCGAACUAAUACCACAAGAACGUCGGUCGCUGUCUCAAAAAACACUACCAACCAUACACUACUUCGUAAAUAAUACCCUAGCAAAAAGGGGAAAUAAAGGCAAACAUGACUCAAAUGAACGCGGCGUCCCUUGGGAUGUAUUGUUAACAAAGAAGGGCGCCAAUUGUUCUCAUUCUUCACCUUCUUUGGGGUUAGAACGUAGAGGACCCUUAUUUGUCACUUUUUGACGGCAUAAAUUCACAGUGAGUACAACCUUCAGCACAAUUUAUUGUAGGUGGAGUGCUGCCCUAGAAACAUCUGUAUUGAUCUUUCAACAACCACGUUGAUUUCAGUUGAUUUUCGCGUUUGUGCUGCGCGUUUAGCAUUCUGGAGUUAGUUCUUUUUCAAUAUCCUUCUGUAUUCGUCUAGUCUUCUCCCUUAUUAGCUAGUUCUUGCCGUAGUAGGUUUCUAGUUCUGGUUACUCACUGGGAAAACCUGUACACUACGGCGAUUUUGCCUGUUUAGCUUUUAAAUCCAUCCAUUGUGUUCUUGGAGUAUUCCUUAUAUGAGAGUAAGUAGUAUGCCAAGUUCGAAAUCACCUAGUGUCUAUUGAGUAAUAAUUAGGCCUUUUCCACUCACCGUAGGAUUAUGUAAAAACGUUUAAGUCAUCAAGCCCAUUUUAAGGUUAAGCGUGUAGCUCAGGGAUUAAGCAAAUACCCGCUACGUAAUGAUCCUUUGCACUCAUUGCAAGAUAUUAGUCGUCUUCCAAACAGGGGCCUAUGACCUCUAUAUAUUUUUUGGUUCGGAUAUUGCUAAAGCCAUAUGAACAGUUUUAAACAUAAUUUUACCUCACUUUAUGAAAGUUAAUAUCGUCACUGUUUUAAUAUCUGGCUUCAACCGAACAGUAGUGAGCCAGUCUUUAAAAGAUAACUUGCUGUGAUCCUAUGGUCUUUGUAAGUUAAUACUAGUGGGAUAAAGAUUUAAUUUUGUAGUUUGUGCUAUUUGCGUAUCCAAUACUCAGUGUGACGCAGCUCUAUUCUUAGGGUUUUUUCAUAUCAGAGACCACUUUAACAGGUUGUUGAUUUCGAACUGAAGUCCACUUACUUGAGCAUCCUCAGGCACUUGCUAUAUUUUGACGUUACCAGUGUAAAGCAGUGUUGUGUAUUUGAUGAUAAGUUGGCCAGGUAUUAUGUAUAUGACCAUCAAAUUAAUCAGGCAAUACAGUCAGUUGAGCAUUUAUUUCAUUUUUAAUACUAACUUAUUUAAAAUCCGGUGUGUAUUUACCAGCGAAAAAACCAUCCAGUUUAAUUUUUUUGAUUAGAUUUUCAUAAAAAUAAUGACUUUGUUGUUGAGCUUGGAAAGUAGGUAUGUUAGUCUGUUUUUCGUCUAAACGGUUCGUCACUACUCGUGUGUAUAUAUACUAUAAAUUUAGAAGUAGGAGUAAAGCGAAUGAACCUCUCAACUGAUCAGCCGUAUGAUUUCACAGAAGCAGCAGAAGAAAUAGAAGUUCUCUCUGCUAUAUAUGAAGAGGACUUUUUUAUCUUGGAGCCUGAGAACAAAGUCUACGAGAUAAGGAUCGACUCAAAAAUGGGUGAUACUACUAGCAAGGAACAAAUUAUCCUGAAAUUCCAGCAAAUCCCUGGCUAUCCUUCGAUCAAUCCAGUAAAAUAUGAGUUCGUAUUGUGAUGUUAUCAUCUAUGUUUUCAGAUUGCAUGCACCUUGGCUCAAGUGUAAUAUUCUUAAUGAACUCGACAAACAAUUGCAGCUUGUAGUCUCGUCUUCACUUGGCUCCCCAGUUGUUUAUUUGUUGGUUGAGACUGUUCGAUCAUUCAUGUGUAAUUAUUUGUCUUCGAGUACUGAAAAUCUAACCAUUCAUAAAGUUGAAGAAUCAUCAUCACAGUCUGUGCCGGAAAAUCACGAACUACCAAGUGCGGUUAUAUCGGUGCCUUCAGUAAAAUCUCAUCUUGACAUAUCUCCCCAAAUUUUGCCAUUUGCUUUAAACUCAAAAGUACCAGAGAUUUAUCAUGGUGAACCGCUUAUAGAUCGUAAAAGCGUUUUCCAGGCUCAUUGUGCACGUGUUUCUACCCGUGGUGAAGUAUCCCUUUUUAUAUCAACACUGCUUACGGAUAGAAAAGUUGCUACAGCUACUCAUAAUAUCCUAGCUUGGCGUAUCUCCUCCAAAGAAGCUGACUGUGACGAUGAUGGAGAAACACAUGCAGGUGGUCGACUAUUACAUUUACUUACAUUAUCAGGAAUUGAAAAUGUAGCGGUUAUGGUAAGUCGAUGGUAUGGUGGUAUCCAACUUGGACCUGAUCGAUUCAAACAUAUCAACAAUGUUGCUCGCCUUUUGUUAACUGAACAUAAAUUCUUAUCGAAUACCAGUGACGUUAGUAAUAAUAAUGGUACAGGACAUCAGAAAAAACAUAAACACGACAAAAAGAAAAAGAAAUAAAACAACUUGUUUCUCUCUCACAAAAAUUCAU